AUGGCACGUAACAUUGAUGGAAAAUUUCCACCUCCGAUGUCAUUCUUUUCCGUGCGGAAAACUGGCUCUUCUCCCGGUGGAGCAUUAACGAAAAAGACGCCCGCGAAGCCCACGAGCGCAGAUGAAGACGACGAUGAUGACGACGAUGAUUUCCUGGAUUUUCUGGGUGAUGAUGAUGACGAUGACAGCGAGGACGACGAUGAUGAUGAGGACGAGGAGGAUGACGAAGUGGAUGAGGAGGAAACGGAAGCCGAGGAAGAAACGAGCACCGAUGGAGGAAGCCGGCUGUGGUCGCCGGAUGUGAUCAAUAAAAUUUCCAAUACGUUGGGGGCUCUUAACACCGUUGGAAGGUACAUCGUCAACAUCACCAAAGGUCAGGAACCGGUCGCAGCGAAUGCCGUCAACAAAGACACGAAGGAAACGAUUCCGGAUGCUAUCCUCACACUAACGAAUACGGUUCUCGGACCGAAUGUGACCAAAACGAUUGAACCGUUGAUUAAACGGGUGGGAGUUGCGGAUGUCGAGACUACUACGGUAAGCCCAACUACAGAGUCAUCAAACGUAACAGUUACCACCGUGACUGCGGUUACUGAGGAGGCAUUACUUGUUCAGAAAAAGGAAGAUGUGGCCGCAGUCACAGCGACUAGCGAAAUGCAGAAAAAGAAGAAAAAGAAAAAGAACAAAGUUAAGCGGAAGGAUCCAACCCACAUCGAAACAACCAAAAAACCACCAGUUGUUAGUAAAAUAGUUGAAACUGGUAAAGAUUCGGAAAACCGCUGUACCACGCCGGAUGGCCGACCAGGACGAUGUGAGGACUUGAGCACCUGUCCGGGACUGCUGCUUGAUCUAACCCAUCUUCGAGAAUCCUUAUGUUUCAAAAGCCUAUUCGUGCCGGGAGUGUGUUGUCCUCUCCCGGCCAGUACCACUCUAACCACUCAGCGGCCUACAACGCGUCCGACAAUUCGUACAACUCCCCAGAGCCUAGUGUUGAGUCCCGUCACGGCUGCUAAACCAACAACGACGAAGCGUCCUUCGGUGAUACUAGCAACUACGACUACCACAGAGCAGCCUCUGGCAGCCACGCUGCCGACCAUCGCGGAUAAUUUCGUAGAUCCGGAGGAUUGUGGCCAGCAAGAGUACUCAUCGGGGAGAAUUGUCGGCGGUAUCGAAGCACCGAUUGGCCAGUGGCCCUGGAUGGCUGCCAUCUUUCUGCACGGUCCCAAGCGGACCGAGUUCUGGUGCGGUGGUUCGUUGAUUGGAACCAAGUACGUUCUGACGGCGGCUCAUUGCACUCGGGACUCCCGGCAGCGACCGUUCGCCGCUCGGCAGUUCACCGUGCGGCUUGGAGACAUUGAUCUCUCGACGGACGCCGAACCAUCGGCUCCGGUCACAUUCCGCGUGACCGAAGUACGAGCCCAUCCGAAGUUUUCCCGUGUCGGUUUCUAUAACGAUAUUGCGAUCCUGGUGCUGGAUCGGCCCGUGCGGAAGUCCAAGUACGUGAUUCCGGUGUGCAUGCCGAAGGCGAAUCUACCGUCGAAGGAACGGAUGGCCGGUCGGCGUGCAACGGUGGUCGGUUGGGGUACUACCUACUAUGGGGGCAAAGAGUCCACCAAGCAGCAGCAGGCAACACUUCCGGUGUGGCGAAACGAGGACUGCAACCACGCGUACUUCCAGCCCAUCACGGAUAACUUCCUGUGUGCGGGUUUCUCCGAGGGAGGCGUCGACGCCUGCCAGGGCGAUUCCGGCGGACCGCUGAUGAUGCUGGUCGAAGCCCGCUGGACCCAGGUCGGAGUGGUUUCGUUCGGCAACAAGUGCGGCGAACCGGGCUAUCCCGGUGUGUACACACGGGUUAGCGAGUACAUGCAGUGGAUUCGGGACAAUACGCAAAAAUAG